CCGGAGAAAUUGACGUACGAUGAUGACCACUGCUUUUCCCUCCAUUCUUGAGGUUCUGGAACAACUGCCGGGCAAACCCAUAUUAGUAUAUUUUACAAACUGUCACGGAAGGUGAGGAGAUAUCAAGAGAGACACACACUCGUUACUGGUCAAGCUUCAUUCGUUCUCUACUGUUACUGGUCUUGGUGUACGCCGCCCCCCAAGACAUUCAGACGAGUCUUUAAUUAUCCUUGCAAAAUGUCGAUGCAGAACGUUCAAGCCAGGGUCCCCAAGACAGACAUCGAAGUCAACAAUCUGGGCUACAAAUUUCCCGAUGGCUCAACUGGACUGUCCAACAUCACUUUAGACCUCCCACCGGGCAGCCGGACACUACUCAUCGGCGCCAACGGUGCGGGCAAGACGACAGUCCUCCGCCUCCUUUCCGGCAAGCGCCUUGCGCCUGCUCACGCAAUUCGCAUAGGCGGUGUCGACCCCUUCUCCGCGGGUCUCGAGGGCGUCACGUACCUUGGCCUAGAAUGGGUGCUGAAUCCAAUCGUCCGGACCGACAUCGCGGUACCCAUCCUCCUCGACUCCGUGGGCGGGAGCUACUAUCCCGAGCGACGCGACGAGUUGGUCCGGAUCCUCGACAUUGAUCUACGCUGGCGUAUGCACGCCGUGUCCGACGGCGAGCGCCGCCGCGUCCAAUUGGCAAUGGGCCUGAUCCGGCCAUGGGAUGUGUUACUCUUGGACGAAAUCACCGUCGAUUUGGAUCUAUUAAGCCGCAGCAAUUUCCUGAACUGGCUUAGAGGCGAGACAGAGCGGCGCGGCGCCACGAUCGUGUAUGCCACGCACAUUCUCGACAAUCUGGUCGGUUGGCCCUCGCAUCUGGUGCAUAUGCAUCUUGGUCAGGUCAAGGAGUGGGGACCCAUGGCGAAGUUCGACGCCGAAACGGACGGUUACUCGAACACGGGGAACAGCAAGCUCGGCGAAUUGGUGUUGAAGUGGUUGAAGGAUGACCUUGCGGAGCGAGGACCACGAGAUAAGUCGACGGCUGAAGACAAGACGUACGAGAAUUUAGAAGGGAAGGGAGGAUAUGGGCAGGAGAACAGACCGGAGUGAUGAGGAGCAUUGCAUUAAUUGGGAAUGAGUCGCGGCAUUGGAUGGGAGUGUACUUUGGACGUGUGGACUUGUCAUUCUUUCGUGAUAUUGAUACCCCGUCAGAUCUUCAACA